AUGUAUCGCGUACUUACUUCAUCAAAUCGAGCUGUUGCCCAACGUGUUAUUCGUUCGACAUUAACUUUUGCUCGUGCUGAAUCAACUACUGAUCCGGAAGCUGGUUCCGUUGCUUCUGGUCAAGAUGCAUUCAGUUCGAAAGAAAAAGCUGAAGAAACACGUUGGGCUCGUCGUUAUGAAGCUGAACAAGCAGCAAAACAUCAAGCAAAAUCUGGUCAAAGUGGUGGAAAGUCAAAACAAGAUUCUCAAAAUGUUGGUCAGCAACAAUCGGGUACCAAAAGUUCAAGAGGUUCAUCUCAACAACGACUUGCUACUCUUGAAGCUGAAAAACAAAGAAUUGAACAAGAAAUCGCUGAACUUAAACGUCAAUAA